ACACAAGUACUGCAGACUGUUGAAAACCACGGACUUAUAGACGGAUCCCAAAGCAUAGACUUUAAGCUAUGAUUUCCGUGUUGAAAACAAUGCACGACGCCGCCGGUACCAUAGGUAGUGACGGGAACGUCAUGAGGACUUCACCUUAAUGAAGAUAACUAUAAACCACGUGCUAGGAAGUGAACGACGCAUCUCAAUGUUACAGAAGUUGUAGAGAAUCAGUUUGUAACUUCUAUUAUACAGUAUGUUGUAAAUCCAUAUUUCUUUUUUCAUGAAUUUUUUUCACCGCAUUUAACGGUGUAAUCACUCAUUCGCCAACCACUAUGGAUUCUUCAGGCAGUGCUCACCGUUCAAAUUCUGUUGAGGAAUGCACCAGAAACGUAAUAGGUGCUACAUUGAAGGAGCAAAAGGCAGUGCUUAGAAAAGAGAUUCAGGAGCUGGAAGAACUUAAUUUCCAAAUAGAAUGUUGCCUUAAUAUUUCCAAAUUUGGUGACAUCAAGCAUCUAUUUGACUUUUCCACGCAAUCCCUAAUCGUACCUUCGAAGAGAUUACCUGACACUGACACAGAAUACAUUGACCAAUUGUAUCGGCUUGCAGGAAUGCACUGUACCAAGUUUACUGAAAAUGAAUACAUUUUCAAUUUUGUUUCAUCGAGUGUUGAUACUGCGGAUCGUAUUUACACAGUACAAGUUACUUGUGUCUCAGACAAGCUAAAACUUGGCAAAUGGGUGAUGCCGAUGUCAAUAAAUAUGAACAGUAUUCUUUUAGAAACUCCACUAACGAGAACCUGUGAUUUGAAAUCCUUUUUAAUGAACUGUAAACACCACAUCGAAUGUUACACUAACAGAGUGAAACAGUAUAAUGAGUUGCAAGUUUUCCUGACAGAUCAAUCAGGGUGCUAUUUGGAUUCAAACUUUGGACAUACUCUUAUUUCCUUGACAUGGUUUGGUAUGCAAGAACUGGAUUCCGGAAACCUAUACAAUAUUACAUUACAUUUGGUAUAUAAGUCUGACAGAGUUCGACCGCAUGAAAUGAAAAUUGAUUCUUUGGAUUCAAAGAACUUGAAGCGUACUACGACAAUUAAAUUUAAAGCAUACUUUAAAAAUUUCAAAUGUUCUGCUUUGAAAAAAGGAUUCCAAAAAACUACUACUGCGAUGGAAACUCAUGUAGCAUGGACGAAAGGAAAUUACCAAAAUGCUGAAGAACUAGAUUUGAGUGUAACUGGAAUAGAGGGUGGCAGCACACCAAAUGCAGAAGAUGGUUCUGCAACUAAAUCGAGAAGAGUUGGAAAGAAAUCAAUUAAUCGUCAGUCGAAUCAUAACAAUGCAAAGAUAUCUUUACACAGUUAUGAAUCGGCAACUAGAAAACCGAGUUCUGUUGGUCCAAAUUCAGAACUGGUCGAAACCUGUCAUUUAAGUAUGCCUAAUCCAGUAUAUCAAAUGAAAGAAAAAUAUGGCAAAAGAAAAGGUAAACGGCAAUCAACGAAUAAUACGCCAAAAUCAAGAAACGAAGCAGCCCAUACUUCAGCUGUGCCUAAAGCUUCAAGUGAAAAAUUAACAUCUAUAAAAAAUUUGAGACACGACUCUAACCUGAAACAGAGUACUUUGCGAUUUGAACUUGAAAAAAAAAAUGAAAUACAAAAUGAAACACCUACGACAGAGUUGCUAACAUCGACCAGGGGCAAAACUGUAUCACAAAAAUUAAACAUGAACUUGACUGGAUUGAAAAAUCACAAGUUUGGUACCAGUACCCCGGUAUCCAAUUUAAUUCGGAACAAGAGGCAGUUUGUUGCCGAUGAUAAUACUGAAGUAAGCCCUAUCAUAUCAAAGCGCAUUACAAAUUCGAAAAGAGGACGAAAUGUGUAAAACGUAAAUAACUAGGAUAUGCACAUAUUUUGUUUCAAUAUAUAUGUAUAUAUUUAUUUUUUUUCAAUACAUUGCGCCAUUACAAAUAUAAGGUGGGAUAGAUCCCAGGUAGAAUAUUCUUGUACGCAAAUGUUAUUGCGAUAACGUACAAAUUUAAUCAGAAAAGAAACACGCAUUGGUAAUAAAUCAGUUUAUAUGGA